GAGCCCUGAGCAGCCCCACCGCCGCCGCCGGCCUAGUUACCAUCACACCCCGGGAGGAGCCGCAGCUGCCGCAGCCGGCCCCAGUCACCAUCACCGCAACCAUGAGCAGCGAGGCCGAGACCCAGCAGCCGCCCGCCGCCCCCGCCCUCAGCGCUGCCGACACCAAGCCCGGCACCACGGGCAGCGGCGCAGGGAGCGGCGGCCCGGGCGGCCUCACAUCGGCGGCACCUGCCGGCGGGGACAAGAAGGUCAUCGAGAAGGUUUUGGGAACAGUGAAAUGGUUCAAUGUAAGAAACGGAUAUGGUUUCAUCAACAGGAAUGACACCAAGGAAGAUGGAUUUGUACACCAGACUGCCAUAAAGAAGAAUAACCCCAGGAAGUACCUUCGCAGUGUAGGAGAUGGAGAGACUGUGGAGUUUGAUGUUGUUGAAGGAGAAAAGGGUGCGGAGGCAGCAAAUGUGACAGGCCCUGGUGGAGUUCCAGUGCAAGGCAGUAAAUAUGCAGCAGACCGUAACCAUUAUAGACGCUAUCCACGUCGCAGGGGUCCUCCACGCAAUUACCAGCAGAAUUACCAGAAUAGUGAGAGUGGGGAAAAGAACGAGGGAUCGGAAAGUGCUCCCGAAGGUCAGGCCCAACAGCGCCGGCCCUACCGCAGGCGAUGGUUCCCACCUUACUACAUGCGGAGACCCUAUGGGCGUCGACCACAGUAUUCCAACCCUCCUGUGCAGGGAGAAGUGAUG